AUGGCUGGGACCUACAGCGGCCGUCGCAGCGGCGUUAAUGUUUCCUCCUAUAUUGAAAAUCUCAACUCGAUACCCGUAGACGAACCCCUUCUCGACCUUCAGGACGAUGCGAAUCUCGCCCUGUUUUCCAACACCUCAUGGUUCGACUUUGACAUGGGCCAGCCGCUGGAUGACGGAACGUCCGACACGCUCAAGGGUUCAGGAGGCUUCGCCUCUCUCGACCAAAAACCCAGUGAUGAGCAAAUGGAUUUCAUGGCUGGUAUGUUAUGUGUCUUACCUACCGUAGCCUACUGUUGCCCCUCCAUGCCCCCCACGUUUGAGAAAAUCAAUCAAUAGGAGGACGAGAAACAAUGCUUCCUCUACCCGUUGUUUGCUGAGAAGAAAACCCCACAGAGGCACAGUACGUUACUAACUUACAAAAAUGUUUGUGCUAGAUAUCGAUAGUAGCUUUGGACUACCGAAAUUCGCCCUCGAUGGCACAUUAGAGACUCAGCCAACCGGCGAUAUUGUAAACCCUUUUGCCUCUGAUAGUACUCCCCCAACUGGCCAGGUUGACUCGGUCAUGCACUCGCCCGCUUCAAGUUCACCCACCGUAUACACACAGCCAAACAACGCUCGCACGCCGGCCAAGCGAAAAGGGUCUGCGGCACCAGCGGCGCACACCUCGCCGCAGGCUGAGAGUUUCGAGGAGGCCUCCCGACUGGCAGCAGAAGAGGACAAGCGUCGCCGUAACACGGCAGCCUCCGCAAGGUUUCGUGUCAAGAAGAAGCAAAGGGAGCAAGCCCUGGAACGGUCGGCCAAGGAAAUGUCUGAGAAGGUCAGACAUUUAGAGCAAAGGAUCGUUCAGCUGGAGAUGGAGAACAAGUGGCUAAAGAACCUCAUCGUCGAGAAGAAGGCUCCGAAUGGCGGCAAGGGUGCUCAGGACCCGAGUGAAGAUUUUGCUGCCAAGUUCUCCGCGGCUAUGAAGGCCGGGACCCUCUCCGAUGGAUCGAAUGCCAAUCAGAAUAAGGACAGUGUCGGCACGAUACCGGAGACGAAUGUCAACUGACCUAUCACUUGUUUUUAUUAUUAUUUCUUUAUAUGCAGUUUUUUUCUUCCAGUUUUUUCACGUGCCCGACUGAGGGUUCCUCUCACGGGGCACCUUUAAAAGUGAUUAGGUGGGAUGGGAGGGUCAAUUGUGGGGAGUCCUGUUUGUUAACUUUAUCCAUGCCACGGCGGUGGUCUUGUUUUCCUCCCUUUCUCCUUUCCCCUCAUCUCUUGUGUGGUGGGAUUGAGCCUGGGACCGAGAAUGAGCUUGCUGGCUCUUCCGUUUCUUGCACAUUACUUUUUGGUGCUAUGGUUUUUGCCUAUGUAUUAAGAAACUCUCUUUGUAUGUAUAAAUACACUGCUCUUGUAAUGGGGGAUAUAGAAUUGAUUUGUGAUUAAGAUAUGAAGCAGUGAGUACGAGGUGCCAAGAGAAUGAUACUAGUAUUGAGGGGUGCCUCCUGUAGGCCUGAAGAGAGUCUGUGGUUGGCCAAAUACGGUAGGUUAUGGCCGGGCGGGGCGUGCUGCCGACUGGUUGGGUUCGAUUUUGAGGGUAGCUAUCUAUGAAAUGAUACCGUAUAGAGCGAUGUUGGACGGUGCCUACAACGGCCCUACAUUGAUUACUAUCACACCACCGCAAUGGCCAAUUCUGGACUGCCGUAGCUCACACAAGCCCCUUGAAGGGUCUUUCUCCAAGGCUUUAUAACGCACAGCUAUACCACCCUUCUCCAAUCAUCAUCACGAAAAAUCCACAAACAAAGCAAGCACUGUACCCGUGAACAGCGAUGCCAGUAUGAUAAUAUAGCGUCCACCACACCUUCCCGUUUCUUGAGCCCUAAAAAAAAGAAGGAAGAAGGAAAAAGGGCAACCCGGAAUUCAAUAUACGAGUACGGUACAGGGUUAAUUUGAAGAACGGGCUGCCGCUAUUAGUCCCCGAAUCCAGUCAUCGUCAUCAUCGAUAUUAUCCCCAGCAGCUUAUCGGACCUUAUCAGCACACCCCUAUCAUAAUACCAGAACCAAUCAAUCUACCGAUCAAUCGACUCCACACAACCUCCCCCCCUCCCUACUUUCCUGGGUUACCGCCAACCCAAACCACCACAACCUCGGAGGAAAGG